AUGAAAGACGGGCACGUCUUUCCAACCAUGUCCCGACUCAAACCAUCAUUACCUGAAUUCUUGACGCCGCUGAAGAUCGACCAUGAGCGACUCCAUCAUCUUGCGUGUCGCCUGUGCUUGACCUAUCGUACACUGGCCGCGACAUCUUCAGAGCAAUUCUUCCCCACGGCCACGACCCGUCUGCCUACGGGCCGGGAAAAGGGUCGGUACUUGGCUGUGUACCUCGGGUUGUAUUAUCUGCGAGUCGCAUUUAUCGAAUUGUUGGGUGAAGAGCAAAUAGGCAAGCAUUCGCAUGUUCGACGAACCUUGGAAAAGGCAUGGCCUAUUGAAGAUCGACUGCGGCGGGAUGAUCCCGGCUCAUUGUUCUCUUGGAUUGGAGAUUGUAUCGCCGAGGUGAUUCAUGAUGAUCUUGCCAACUCCAAGGAAGAUGCUCCAUCUGAAAUUGAGAUGGGGAUAUCAUUUUGUUUUCCGAUAAAACAAAACUCCGUUAAUGAGGCGAUAUUGAUGCCAACCGGCAAAGGCUUCGCAUUGGGUACUUCACUCAAUUUGCAUCAAGCCCUUUUGGAUGGUUAUGAAUGUCACACGCGACGCUCGUCUGAAGCCGACCAGGAUGAAAAGCCCGCCAAACGACAGAAGAAGUACUGCCUACCUACGCUCAAAAUCUCAGUAAUGACCAACGACACUAUUUCCACUCUGGCAUCACUGGCGUACUCGAUCCGCGCGCUACCCAAUACGCGCGUGGUGAUGGGCCUGCUCGUCGGCGCAGGAUGCAACUCUGCAGUGCCCAUGAAACUCACCGACUUGCAAGAUUCCAAAAUUCAGCAUAUCCGAGAGAAAGACCCCACAGCCGUGGACUCCGUUGUCUCCACGGAAUGGACGCUCAGAGGUGCGACGGGCCCUCUCACAGAGCUAAACUUGAUCACCAACUGGGAUACCGAGCUGGACGCCCAAUCUAAUCGGCCUGGCUUUCAGCCUCUGGAGUACAUGGUUGGCGGACGGUACGUUGGCGAGCUGGUGAGAAUUAUAUGUCAUGACUGGUUUACCGGGGUUCAAUCUGUACCGCGGUCGUCUCUACCUGAGAAACUGGUGACGAAAUAUGCUCUAAAAACCGACUUCCUCUCCUUGGUGGUCGCGUCCAGCUCUUCAGACGCCCAAUUGGCCGAGAAUUUACAACGAGAUUUGCCCGCACCGACAUCCAGUGACUGGGAAUGGACGGCCGAGUAUGCAGGUCAAAUGCGUGUUGUCGCAGCCACCGUGCAAGAUCGCUCUGCUGCUUUGAUCGCCGCGGCGACUGUGGGAUUACUUGCCUGUGUUGGGGAGAUCAGCCUUCAAGAGCAGAACGAGAGGGCUUCACAGAAAGCUCGAGUGACUGCUGAAACUGAAACCGAGAAGCUUGAAUCACAUCCCCAAUCAACUUCGGGCAAUCGCGGACUGUCCAGACCUGGGUGGCUCAAGGGACCGGAGGAAUUGGUUGUGGCUGUCAACGGAGGAGUCAUACAGCAUUAUCCACACUACAAGGAGACGGUACAACGAUACAUUGACAGACUAUUGAUCAGCGCUGGCCCUCAAAGUGAAGGGAAGAGUAUCUUUUUGCGAGAAGCUAGCGAUGGAGGUCUCAUCGGAGUGGGUGCUUUGGCUGGGGCUGUGGCGGGUGAUUUCAACGGGAUAAUUGGAUCCACAUUUGAAAAAGAGACAGCAAGUAUACAUAAGAAUGGCGAAAGAGCAGUUUCCUCUUUGACAGGCAUAUAG